AAAAUAAAAUCCCCUAGUUGACCUCCACAUGAGAGUUCUGGUCAGAUCUCACUCGCGACGCCGUGCCGGAGCAGUCGAGCAGAGUACCAAAUGAUUUGAGCCACCCGCCGGCGGCUACAUGGCUUCGCUGCUCACAGCGUUGCUGGGCCGUGUGGUGGCUAAGGCCGGCGACGCGCUGGUGUCCGAGCUGCUGCGGGCGUGGGGGCUGGACAAGUCCCGCCGGAAGCUGGAGCGCUACCUCGCCGCCGUCCAGUGCAUCCUGCUGGACGCCGAUGCCAAGAGCCGCACUAACCCCGCCGUCCUCCGCUGGAUGACGGACCUCAAGACUGCCGCCUAUCAGGCCGACGACGUCCUCGACGACUUCCGCUACGAGGCGCUGCGCCUCCGUGCCGACGCCCAGAUUCGCCCCCGCUCCAAGGCACGCAAGGUGUUGAGCUACUUCACUGCCAAUAGCCCAGUUGUUUUCCGGCUCUCCAUGAGCAGGAAAAUGAAGGACGCCCUUGAAAUGAUAGAUGAAUUGGUUGUGGAGAUGAACAAUUUUCACUUCAUACAACAUGCAGAGACACUAAGCGUCGAUAAUCCGCAAACACACUCUCAAGUCGAUGAAUCAGAGAUUGUGGGCAGACAAAAUGAGAAGGAACAAGUGGUGAAGAUGUUGCUCGAUCACUCUGACAGCGACACUAAGAAUAAUGUCAUGGUGCUUCCCAUAGUUGGUAUGGGCGGAAUUGGUAAGACCACCCUGGCCCAACUUGUGCACAAUGAUCGGAGGAUGAAGCAUCAUUUUGAGUUGGUCAUAUGGGCUUGUGUCUCUGACAAGUUCGUUAUCGAAGAAAUUAUCCGAUCUGUAAUAGAAGUGACCACGAUGAACAAGUGUGAUUUAACUCAAAUGGAAGCAUUGCAAAAGAAACUUGGUGAAGUGCUGGGUAAGAAAAGGUACCUCCUAAUGCUAGAUGAUGUUUGGAGUGAAGAUAGACAGAAGUGGGAUGACAUGAGAUCAUUACUAUGCUCACAUGCUGGCUCAGGUAGUGCUAUAAUUGUGACAAGCCGCAGCAAUCAAGUUGCUUCUAUCAUGGGAACACUUCCUCCACAUCAGAUAUCACUUCUAAGUGAAGAUCAAUCAUGGGAGCUUUUUCAGAGGAACACAUUUGGAAGGGCAGUGGAAAAGCAGGAGGAAUUGAUUUCAAUGGCUAAGAGUAUUGUCCAGAAGUGUAAGGGGUUGCCUCUUGCUAUCAAGACCGUAGCAGCUUUGCUUCGCUCGAAGCAUCACAGGCAAUGGUUUUCUUUUCUGGAUAGUGAUGUUUGGAAGGAUGACAUCCUUAGAACUACUGGAAUUGUACCUGCACUACAACUGAGCUAUGAUCACUUGUCAUCAGACGCACAAAUAUGCUUUUCCUUCUGUGCUAUUUUCCCCAUGGAUAGCCCGAUGAACAAGGACAUGUUAAUCCAGCUAUGGAUGGCAAAUGACUUUAUUGCAUCAGAAACAAGAGGCCAACAAAUUUUUGAUUUGCUAGUUUGGAGAUGUUUCCUACAAGAGGUCGAGAUUCAAAAGAAUCCGCUCUCCGGAUUUCGAAAUGGGUUCGAUCAGUACAUACGUAAUGAUGAUUUCAUGCACCGACCAACUACUUGCAAGAUGCACGAUCUCAUGCAUGAUCUUGCUGACUCCGUAAGUGGAAAUGAUUGCUCCAUCCUGCAAGAAUCUUCACCACAUCAAGAAAUUCUACAAGGAUCCACAAAUGCUAGUUCAUUACAGCAUGAUGUUCGACAUUUGUCACUUGAUAAUGUCAGUUAUCAUACUAUUGCCACCAUGGAGGAAGUUCUAGCUCCCCGGCCCCGCACGAUAUUAGUCCGAAAGUCGACCAAGACUCCGCUGGAUGAGAGAGAGUCCCUGAGUAUAGGCAAAUCAAAAUUCAUGUCCUUGCGAGCAUUGAAGACCAUCUCAAUCAAGAUAAAUAUGACGAACUUGAAGCAUCUUCGCUAUCUGGACUGCUCUUAUUCUCGUAUGUCUGCACUGCCUGAAGCCACUACCAUAUUGUAUAGCUUGCAAACAUUGAAGCUUUUUUGUUGUGCAAACCUUAGGAGAUUACCAGAAGGCAUGCGAUACAUGAGCAGUCUUCGCCACAUCUUCCUCGUUGGGUGUUAUCGUUUGGAGCGCAUGCCACAAGGUACUGGUCAGCUGAGUUCUCUGCAGACAUUGACGAAUUAUGUCAUUGAUAGUGAUCCAGGUCGUGGAAUUGAUCAACUGAAAGAUUUGGAUCUAGGUGGUGCUCUUUCUUUGACUGAGCUGAGAAAAGUGCAUAGUGUAGAAAAUGCUAAACAAGGCAAUAUGUCCGCGAAGCACAAUUUGAAAAGAUUAUCACUCAGUUGGGCGAAUAGACCUCCUUAUGGAUAUGAAGUAGACACUAAUGCAGAAGGAAUAUUAGAGGCCCUUUGUCCUAACAAAAGGCUUGAAGUUUUACUGUUAUCUAAUUAUACUGGUGCUAAACUGUCAUCAUGGAUGCACAACUCUACAGUGUUAGAACAUCUCAGUGAACUUUGUCUGAGUAGCUGCAAGAACUGCAAGGAUCUUCCACCAUUAUGGCAGCUACCCUCUCUUAGGUACUUGAGUUUGAAUGGUUUGCAUAGCUUGACAAGUAUAUGUGCUGGUAAUGAUCAUACAAACAUUGGGGAAUCCUGUAUUUCUCUACCACCCUUCUUUCCUAAAUUGGAAAUCAUGAUAGUUUCUGACAUGAUUAAGCUAGAGAGAUGGCACCAGGAGGUGCCAGGACAAGUACCAGCUAUAUCAUUCCCUCAGCUCAAGAAGCUAGAUGUUUCUGCAUGUCCAAUGCUCGCAAGCAUGCCCAAGACGCUCCCUUUGAUUGAAGAUCUGCUGGUGACUGGGGCAAAUGACAUCCCUCUUUACCAUCUGAUGAAUAUGUCUGUGCAAUCUAAUCUUGAGUGCAAAGGCUACAUUGAAGUUGGUUGGCGGCUUAUUCACCUUCAUUUCUCGAGGCUUGGUGACUCUAACGUGAGACUGGGACUCCGAGGUUUGAGGGAAAAUGUAGAGCACUUUGAAGAGGAGUUGAGCAGAAUACCUUGCAGGUUUAUUAAGGUGCUUGAUAUAACAAAUUACGACUGUCUUUUCUCGUUCGAACUGUCCCAAGUACAACAGAAUAUAUGGGACCAUUUUGGUUUUGUUGAAAAACUGUCAAUUGAAAACUGCAAUAAUAUAGUACAAUGGCCAGCGGUAGAAUUCAGGAACAUGAAUUGCCUUCGAGUUCUAAACUUGAUUGAUUGUUCCAACUUAACUGGAUCACUUCCAUUAGCAAUAUCUGAUGAAGAAAAUGACCACCUUCCUCGACUCCAGAAUCUUAGUAUAUCAUGUUGCAAUAAUUUGGUGGAGGUACCAAAGUUGCCUGCAUCUCUUGAAAGUUUGUCGAUCCGUUGUUGUCCCAAGCUGGUUUCCAUGCCAAGAAAUCUUGGGAGCGUAAAAAAAUUGAGAGAACUCUCUCUGAUUAGGUGCGAUGCCCUGACGGCAUUUCCAGAUGGAACGUAUGGAGUCACUGCACUCAGGACGCUGGUGAUGGAGUGGUGCCCAAGGGUAGAGACACUACCAGAGGGACUCUUGCAGCAGCUCCCAACCCUCGGGAGGCUACGGAUCACAGGCUGCCCUAACUUGGAGGAGGCCUUCUCAAGCAGAGGCACUCACUGGAAUUUUGUUGAAGCAAUUCCAAAUAGAUCAGUUGGCAAAUCCAUGCGCUGACUGCUUGGGUUACCUUCAAUUGGGAUGCCUGUGCCUCGUGGGUUACCCGUUCGAAUGAGGUAUCUGUUAUCACGCCCAAAUGAAUCGCAUUGGGUACUUGCAUUGCAACAGUAAGGGAGAGGCCUUCCUUGUACAAAUCCAGUGAAGUUUAUACUUGCUAGUAGGCGAGUUCAUGACAUGUUGAUCUGCAAACGCAACUGUUAGGUACACACUACUUUUGAUUCAUGAAUACGAGAUUGGACGACGAUGCCGAUCUGCAAACGGAACUGCUUGCUCCUGCUAUGCUGAUUAGCAGGAUUUUUGUAAAAUACAACAUCUUCCUGAUUAAAUGUUUGUUCUCCAACUCAGCUGCUUGCUUAAAUUAGAUACAUAGUGCACCAGAGGAGUAUUUGUGAUUACUUCGGGCAGGGAUACAUACAUGUGUUUUGGAGUUAGUAUUGUUUUAUGAGGCUAGGAGUUUGUCCUAUUGGAAAUUAAAGAGGCCGCGUGGAUAGUACAUUUGAGAGCAUCGCGGAGAGUAAAAGGCCUCCGGACGCAUGCAGUUCCACGGCAGUUUGAGAAACAGCUGUCCAGGAAAAACAGAGGAGCACACACACACGGGUUUCAGGCACCUUUUUUUUGUUCUUCUUUCUAUGUUCUGAUGUAUAGCAGUUCUUGUACAGGGUAUUAGCCCAGUUCAAUAAGAGUCGUUAUAUGGGGAAUGGUACACUGUAAUAGCUACAAAGUUAGUAUAAAGUUGGGUCAUCUAUUUAGGAACGGAGGGAGUACAAUAUAGUAUUUGUUUGAAAUAGUCAGUAAGGAUGUCCAGGCAUCAUUAUUUCCAUGGUCUUUAUGGACAGAAA